CAUUGUGGCGCUUACAGACUACACGUUUUCGAGAUCAGACAUCCGGCACUUUCAUCGGUCCCCGGUCGAAAUAUGUAGCCUGCAGCUUUUAUCGUCAAGGCUCAGACAGAUAGUUUCAGUUUGGUUCCAGUCCAAUCCAAACAGCCACUGUUCGCGGAUGACGGGAAAUCAUAGACCCCGCGGUCUAGGCGUCGCCGACACAGCCCCAUCCAGGUUGCCGCACCGUACUUCCGCACUGCAUCUCACCAUCAUCAUCAUGAGGUCCGGACCAGGACCCUUGGACACUCACUCGCAGGAAUCCCAGCCAAUGUACGGUAGCACGCUCGCAUUCGUCCGUACAUCAUGACGUCUCUCUGCAUGUGGACCGUCGUCCAAGCAUGUCUUCGAGUGGCAGCAGGGGCGAGAUGUUUGGGGGCCUAAACCGGUCUUCUUGGUCUGUGGGCGUCUAUUUUACACCAGAAAUAGACUCUCUUCUGAAACGCACAGUCGGGGGGACUCUCUGCGGACCCAUGUCGUCGUCUGUGCUGCAUGGCGCGGCCGCGUCGGAGACCCGCCUCGACCGGCGGCGUCCCCUGCGAAUACCAGUGCCGCAUUCCAGCUGUCCGGCCGCGGUGCGCAAGCGCCCAAGUGUCCUUGUGUUUUCUGAUCCCCGCGGACACUCUCUCACACUGCCGCGCACAUGGGUCAGCCGACCGGGCCUGGCAGGUCGUGCCUCGCACCGCCGAAGCCGAGGGUACUUGAAUCCGAUAGGUCCUGGGACGGGGCUUCGUUCUUCGUAUCAGUGUCUUCCCUCCCUGUCCUCCUCCUCCUCCUCCUCCUCCUGCCCCGCGAGUGACCCGCACCUCUCUGCCGCCUCUUUGCCCGAACAUGACGCAACUUGACGUACUUGCUGCUGCGGCGGGUGUGCUGAUCAGCAUAGCGCAUCUGGCAGCCGGGUCGCCGACCCCUGAUGCGCCGCUCAACAAGCGCACGGCGCAAUCGACCGCGCUGUGUCUCUCGCCGACGUACGACUGGAUGUCCAGCUCGCACAAGCUGUCGCCGUGCCUCUUAUCGUCCGUCAUCCUCGGCACGUGCUUUACGGGCAACUGGAAUGUGCCGAGUCUGGGGCCGGGACAGGGCUACACCGCGCCGAACGCGACCACGGCGAACUUGUGCACCUGCUCGUGGACGGCGUACAACCUGCUCAGCGCGUGCACGGCGUGCCAGGGCUUCGACUCUGCGAUCGACAACUGGGCCGCGUACGACGCGAGCUGCGGCGGGCUGGUGUCCGACACGUACUACCCGCAGAAUGUGACGUUGCCUGCCGGGACGGUGAUUCCGUCCUGGGCUGGUGUCGAUCCUACGACGUGGAACAACGGCCGCUUCGAUACCGCGCAGGCACAGGCGCUGCAUGACAAGAACAACCCUGACCUCGUCCCCGGAUCCGGUCAAGUGCCCGUGAGCGGGAGCAAAGUACCGACGGGGGCUAUUGCCGGGGGAGUCGUUGGCGGCGUGGUUGUGCUACUGCUGGGCGCGUAUGUCGCUUAUCGGCUCUGGGCUAAGCGCCAGGCCACUGUGCGCAGAAAUAGUGGCCCGCGGCCUCUGUACCGCGCGCGAUCGCUCUCUGCCGAUUCUAACAAGUGGGGAGCAAGACUCGUGUCGUCUUCGUCGUUUGGCGUGUCUGGCCCGACGCGCCCCAGCACGAUGUACACCCCAACGGCAAGGCAUACGCAGCUGGGCAGCAUCACCUCGGUGUCCUACAUGUCAGAGACGAGUCCCUCCCCGCCACGGACGCUGUCCCCGCUGCCAGUUGCGCUACACACGAUGACACCUUUCCCGCACACGGCCGUCCCGCCUCCGAUCUCGCGCAAGACAUCCGAGUCGACGCUCAGCACGACGCAGCGUCCCGUGUCGGUCCCCAGCUCCCCGCCGCCGCCGGCGAUCCCCGAGGUCCCGGAGGACGGCGGAUACUUCGAUCGCCGGGAGCGCAUCAACCCGCCCGCGUACAGCGCGUCGCCCGAGCCCGCCGAGCCGAUCGCCCUACCGCCGCCCUCCCGAUCUCCGUCGGCGUCGCCCGGCCCCUCCGCCGGCCACCGCCGGGACAAGCUCAGUGUCGAGUCCGCGCGGCUGUCGCGCAGCGUGGCGAGCGUGGCGAGCAUGGAGGAGGUCCUGGGGAGUAUGGGCCUUGCGCCGCUGCCCGGGUCGCCCAGCACGGCCACGGUUGCGACGGGGCAUAGCGCCGAGAUGGCCGCGCGCCAUCCGACGCCGUUUUGAGUUUGGUGUGUAAAUCGAAAGAAAAAAAAUGGGCGGUGUAUGACCGGAGGCAGCAGCGGAUUGGAUCGCAGGUACUCCGCUACCUCGGAGAAAUUGUAUGUAGCGUGUUUUUUUUGGGUCCAUGUUCGCUUGCGCCAUGUUGAUAGAAUCUAUUAAUAAACGUUAGAAGGCUGCAAAGUUUGGCUGCAGGCAGGCAGCAUUGAAAGUCCGUCAGCCAGUCAUUUGACUCGAGCCCCACCUGGCGUUGACAUCCUCGAUUUCCUGUCGCGGACUAUGGAACAUUCGGUGCCUGUGUGCAGCGUGCAAUCGGCGUUCUCGAACGGGGGCCCAUCACCCAGUUCUCGGACCCACUCCAACGCACGUGACCUGUGUGGCAAGGGCCAUUGUACUCAUUCGAAGUCACAGAUAUGUGACUCGCUCGCUCUCUUAUCAUUAACCACCACCAUCCCCCACCCGCAUCCGUUAUGGACGAGGACUGCGGCGCGUCUGAUCGCGGCUCUUCGGGUAUCAUCCCAGGAUUAGUUCCAAACGCUGCGCCACGAGAUGAACUCAUCAUGGACAGCGACAACGCUCUUUGUGCGCUGCAGGCACCCUCGUCUGCUGGCUCUUCUGCUUCUCCCUCGUCCUGUCUGCGAACGGGUAAGCUCAGCUCGAGCAAGCCCGCGCCUCGCAGGUACAAGCCCCAGCCCAAAUCAAAGCCCACGCUCAAGCCGACGCGUCCCUCUGCGGCUGCGUCAUCGCCGGCCGCGCGCGUGGGUUUGCACGCCUCGCACCCCCCGCCCUCGUCGACCGCGCGGGUGUUCUUCCCCGGCCUGCCGACGCCGACGCCACCGCGCCUCGUCUGCACCGAACCAGCCGCACCGGUCAUGGAACCGGAACCGGAACCGGAACGGGCGACCUCGCUCGACCCAGCGCCGUCCACGUCCCCGCGCUCGACGAUGGCGGUGGCGGGCCCGGUUGUGGCGGGCCCCCGCGAAGACGCGGCUGUCGGACAGUCGGCUUCUACAGUCCCAGCCGCGGCCCCAGCCCCAGCCCCGGACGCAGACGCGGAGCUUGGCGCAAGCCCGAUCGUCGCAGCCGAUCCUCCCCCGGCGACGGCAACGGCGACGGCAGGGCCCGCACCGGCACCGGAACAGGAACAGGAAAGGGAACGGGAUCCACCGACGGCGAAAGCGGCGACUCGGACGUCCGCCGUGCGCGUGCUGAAGGGCAAAGUGGUCCUCGACUCAGACGACGACUCGGACGAUGCUGGGAGCGACCGUGACCGUGCGCGCGGGGACGCGCGGGCGUGCGUCGUGCCCGGCCCCAGCCGGAAACGCAAGCGCAGGGUGGUUGAUGCUGCGCUCGGGCCUCAUUCUGAUUCGGAUCCGGAUGUGGAUUUGGAUUUGGAUUUGGAUUUGUUGGAUCCGUCGGUGGCUGAUCGGUGCACCACCAAAUCGCGGCUCGUGAGAGCCCGGCCGAACGAGCCCGAGAAGCCGGAGGCGACGCAGGCGCGGCGGGAUCCGGACGGGGACGGGGACGGGGACGCGUAUGGCGCCUCUGCAGCGAUUCGGCCGCCGCCGCCGCCGCCGCCCUUCAACGUGGACGAGAAGUACACGCCCGACGGGCGGCGCAUGGUGCUCGUCGAGGGCGUCAUGUGCCAAGGCUGGUUCUACUCCAACCCCGAUGAGCCGCUCCCGGGCAAGCGCACCUGGAGCCAACUGCGCAAGGUCCGCAGGUGGGUGUACGACGAGUGAGCGGCGCCGUGUCUCUUCGCUGUGUUGGUGUGUCAUGUCAUAUCUUCGUAUCUUCGUUGGCUUUCGGGCCCUGGACGGGACGAGCCCGUCGCGUUUAUUGUUUGUGUUUGUUCUAGG